CGCCCCGUCCCCCGCGCUCUCCCGCCCGCCGCCACGGGAGCCAAUGUGUCAUCCACAUUCCAGCAGGCGCGUCAGCGGCGGAACCUGCCGGGCAGGUCGGACGUCCUAUAAGAGGCACAGGCUCCGGCGCGCCGGGCACACACACCUGGGAUCGCGCCGCUCCGAGACCCGGCCCGCGACCUCCGCGCUCUCCUCCUCGGUCCCUCCCUCGCUGGGUCUCCCGGCCUCCCCGCAGAGCAUGGCCCGGCCUCGGCCCGCGCUGGCGCUGCUCCUGCUGGCGGCGGCCGGCUGGGCGGCGGCCCAGAACUGCACCUGCCCCACCAACAGGUGGACGCUGUGCAGCCCGGCGGGCGCCGGGGGCGGCUGCCAGUGCAAGCUGAUGGGCUCGGGCCGCGUGGUGGACUGCGGCACCCUGACGUCCAAGUGCCUGCUCAUGCAGGCGCGCAUGAGCCCCCACAAGGCCCGCAAGCUGAUCCGGCCCCCCGAGCACGCCGUGCUGGACAACGACGGCCUCUACAACCCGGACUGCGACAGCGGGGGCCGCUUCAAGGCCCGCCAGUGCAACCAGAGCGACGUGUGCUGGUGCGUGAACUCGGUGGGCGUGCGGCGGACCGACAAGGGAGACCAGACGCUCAGGUGCGACGAGCUGGUGCGCACCAGCUACAUCCUCAUCAACCUGCGGCACGGCGAGCGGGCCCGCGCCUUCAACCUCUCGGAACUCGGCGGGGCCCUGCGGCGCCUCUUCCGCGAGCGCUACCAGCUGAGCCCCAGGUACGUCACGGCCGUGGAGUACGAGAGCCCCACCAUCCAGAUCGAGCUGCAGCAGAACGCCUCCCAGAAGGCGCACGGCGAAGUGGACAUCGCCGACGUGGCCUAUUACUUCGAGAGGGACGUCAAGGGCGAGUCCGUGUUCCACAACUCGCACUUCGUCCUCGAGGUCGCAGGGGAGCCCCUGCGGGUGGAGGACACGAUGAUCUACUACGUGGACGAGAAGCCCCCCGAGUUCUCCAUGAAGAGGAUGACGGCCGGCCUGAUCGCCGUCAUCGUGGUGGUGGCCCUGGCCGUCGUGGCCGGCAUCGUGGUCCUGGUCAUUAGCAACAAGAGGAAGUCGGGGAAGUACGAGAAAGUGGAAAUCAAGGAGAUGGGCGAGAUGAACAAGCGGCCCAACUUGUAAGGAAGAGACUCGCUGGCGAGGAUGCUGGGGGGAGGACGGGGAGGGGACGAGAGGUGGAAGCCUUCGGUGAAAGAGCUUCCCUCUGGGACCGAAGCUGGGGGCGGGGAUACUCGGCUUUCCAGCUCCCCGGAUGGCCCGAGACUUUGCCUACUACCCCCCUUCCCCAGAAAAAAAAAAAAAAAAAAAAAAAAAGAA